GGAUAUAUACGCAGAAGGAAAACUAUUUUCGGUUUUCCAUGAAGAAUAUGAGCAAAACUAUGAUUUCAUGCAUUAAAUAAGAAGGCUGUAAACACUGCUAAUGAGCAAAUACUUUUAAAUGUAUUAUUUAUUCAUUUUUCCUGUGUUAUUAUCUAUUCUUCCUGAUAGUUUGAGGAUCUCAGGACUCUACAUUUCAUUCAUUUAGCCAUUUUUAUGGGGUCCCAUACAAAGGUCAAAAAAAGGUUUAAAGGUAGGGAGAAGGAGGAGUGGAGGCAGCCUGGUUACUGUGUCACCUCUGAGAUAAAAGGAAGGAAACCACAUUUGGAGCCUCAAGUAUUUGCUGCUGGUAAAAAAAAAGUGGUCCGUCAUUUCAGUUAAUCAUGUCACGACAGCUUCGCACACUCAGGACAGACGGCGUGGAUAAAAACAUUUGGGUUGAAUUCACACAGCUGGCAGCAGACUAUAAAGCAGUGAACCUCGGACAGGGAUUUCCUGACUUCUCCCCUCCUAAAUUUAUCCAGGAGGCUUUUUGUGAAGCUGUGAGUGGAGGACCUUCAAUGCACCAGUAUACACGCCCUUUUGGCCAUCUCCCUCUUGUUAAAAGUCUGGCUAAAUUCUUUGGUAGUGUUGUGGGACAUGAGAUUGAUCCUCUUGAAGACGUCCUGGUCACAGUCGGAGCUUAUCAGGCUCUGUUCUGUGCAUUUCAAGCACUGGUUGGUGAAGGUGAUGAGGUCAUAAUUAUCGAGCCGUUCUUCGACUGCUACCAGCCGAUGGUGAAGAUGGCUGGAGGAACAGCAGUAUAUGUACCUCUAAGGCCAAGAGCUGAGGGCAACACCGUCCCAUUUAGCAGAGACUGGGUUCUUUCUGCCGAGGAGUUGGCCAGUAAAUUCACUCCACGCACAAAAGUCAUCGUUAUGAACACUCCCAACAACCCGUUAGGCAAGGUUUACAAGACUGAAGAGCUCCAGAUGAUUGCAGAUAUGUGUAUCAAACAUGACUUGUUGUGCAUCAGUGAUGAGGUGUACGAGUGGCUGACGUACGACGGAGCCAAGCAUGUAAAGAUAGCCAGCCUGCCCGGCAUGUGGGAACGAACCAUCACUAUCGGCAGCGCUGGAAAGACUUUUAGUGCUACUGGCUGGAAGGUUGGCUGGGCCAUUAGCUCUGGAGAUAUCAUCAAACUCCUGAAAGCCGUGCAUCAGAGCUCUGUUUUUGAUUGUGCCACUGCUGCUCAGGAGGCAGUCGCUCGUGGGUUUGAGAGAGAGUAUGAACUGUUUGGGAGUCCAGAGAGCUACUUCCAGCAGCUGCCUGCAAUGCUGCACCACAAGAGGAAGAAGCUGGCCUCGUGUCUUGAGAGUGUGGGUCUGCAGCCCAUCAUGCCAGAGGGAGGCUAUUUUAUGGUUGCGGACGUCUCCUCCAUCAUGGACUUCAAUGACCAGAGCACUGAGGAUGAACCCUACGACUUCAGAUUUGUUAAAUGGCUAAUUAAAGAAAAGGGUUUGGCAACAAUCCCUGUGUCAGCUUUCUACAGUCCGGAGCACAGAAAGGACUUUGACAAAUACAUCCGAUUCUGUUUUGUCAAGGAGGACUCCACACUGGACGCAGCAGAAAACGUCUUGAGAAAGUGGAGGAUCACAAAGUGAAAUAUCCCACGAUGUGACACACACACACACACACACAUAUACACACACAUAUACACACACAUAUACACACACAUAUACACACACAUAUACACACACAUAUACACACACAUAUACACACACAUAUACACACACACACACACACACACACACACACACACACACACACACACACACACACACACACACACACACACACACUAUGGUACUUUAGUUGCACAAGACUAAGCCUCCACUUUCAUUUUUUCUCACACUGUACUUAUGAAAACAAAUUGUACAUUUUUCUGUGUAAUGAUUUUAAGCAAAAACUGUAAAUAAAACGUUUUAUUAUUCUAUUUCUCAUUAACAGCAGAUAUAUUUGUGCUGAAAAGCAAAGAAAAAUGUUAAAUAAAGCUUUUUGUAAAUCCACCAUAGCUACUAUUCUCUUUCUUGUAGCCUCAUAAGUUUUUUACACAUCCUGUGAAUCAGCCUGUUGAAAGCCCCUGAAGAGUUUCAGUUAGUUUGUUUACCGUUGCCGAGUUGUUUAUUCACAUAUGUUCUUUUUAUUUACUUGUGCACCGAGCCGGCUGGUGAAGUAUUGACAGCACAAUCCUUCUUGUAGCUUCCAGCGUUUGUCUCAUGUCUUGUGAAGGAAUGUGAACGUUACAGUCUUUUGCUUUCCAUGUGAACGUUGUGAAAUUGUGUUGGUACAUUAGUCAUUUAGUCAUUUAAAUUUACAGUCAAUAAGUUUCUCAUUUGUGAUUUAUUUCAGAACAAAAAAAGGAAAAGGAAUAGAUUUCUCAGCAUUUACUGAUAAGAAUAAAUACAAAAUGAAAAACACAUUGUGUGCUCAAAUUGGUUUGAAUUCUUAUUAUCAGUAUAUAUGUUUAGGGAGGAACAAGGUUGGUUGUCACAUUCAUUAGAACUAGGCCGCUAGAGGGCGCUGUUAAAAAGCGUAGCUACUGAAAGUUUCAGAAUUUGGGUGAGAUGUUACUUUUAAAGUAAUUUCCAGAAUAAACCACUUGACAUUGAGAUUAGGGGACGUCAUUACCAUUAAAAAGUAUGAUGGGAGAGCAAUAAUUUAGUUUUUAUCUUAGCUACACUACAUGUGUUUUUUAGCUUUGGUGGUAGCAAAAAAUCCUAGUUACUUUUUUCUCUGCAGGGUUUGGCAACAAUCCCUGUGUCGGCUUUCUACAGUCCGGAGCACAGAAAGGACUUUGACAAAUACAUCCGAUUCUGUUUUGUCAAGGUAAACAAAAUUCAACAUAUUAAAUUGAAUUUGUAAUUAAUUGUUAAAGUAUUUUCAUUGAGUCCUUCAAAUUCAUACACUCUUUCACCCGAUUUGUGUCUCCUAGGAGGACUCCACACUGGACGCAGCAGAAAACGUCUUGAGAAAGUGGAGGAUCACAAAGUGAAUUAAAACUGCAAGCAGUGUCGAAGGGCCCUCGCACCCCCCAGUUUUCCCCCCAACUGUAACGCGCGCCGUACGUGCACGUUGGUGCGUGCGGCAGUGGCAGGGCUGUCAAAACUGGCAUGUAGAUGUCUUUGCUCCUGUGCCUUUAAUUGAACAUUGUGUGAUGCGGUUAAUGUCUCCACUAGAUGGCAAACUAAGACCACAAAUGAGUCUGGGUGACGUCUCAGCACAAAGGAAUGUGGGUGAAGGGCCAAAAAAUCAUCAAGAUUGAGCAUUUUUGCCUGGAUGGCCGACUUCCUGUUGGACUUAUGAUAUGGGUCCAAGAGGCUUUUUUGUGCGUCUGGACAUAAUACAUAGGCGUUGUCGAUUUCAUUUUUCUAUGUCAAUGUAGAAGGCGGGGCUUAAACUUUGAAAUCUUCCAGGGGGCGCUGUGGAGUCAUCUUCUCACUUAAAAAUCCCAAACUUUGUCAGUAGUCAAUCUGUGUGACUGUUGACGUAUGUGUACACUUUGGUGAGUGUAGGAGUUUGGUAAAAUGUACAAAAUGGAUAAAGGCAUUAGGGGGCGCUAUUGAGCUGUUGUGCCACGCCCAGGGGCAAUUAUGGUCUCAAAUGAAAGUGCUCCUGAGUGUGAGCCUAUGUGGGCAAUUUGGUGAUUCUGUGAAGACGGGAAAGUC